GUGCCCAGUAGAAGUUAACAAAGUUAUUGGAAAACCAGCCCAUUGGUUCUUGUCUUCAUUUCUGUGGCUUUUAUCAACCACUCCUAAUCUUCUUUUUUUCUCUCUCUCUGUAUAUCUUGUAAAGUCAAGAAAGAAUGUCACUGCACCUUUUGUUCACAAUCCAAUUAUCUUUUUUAUUCCAAUGGCUUCUCUUCAAGAAUUACUAGCUGAUGAAGGUUUUGAAAGUAGUAAAAAAACACCUGCAAGAACUCAUAGAAAAGUUAAGUUCAAAGACAGAGAAGACUCAAACAAUAUUGCUCUGCCUAUUUACAUUUGCCAUGACAGAAGAUCAUCCUUGGAUUUCUCCAAGACUAAAUCCCGAAGACCCUUUUCGAGUACUACUUCUUCUGUUCAUUCGUCACAAAAAUCGAAUGUUAAGUCCACACAUACUCAUGUUGAAGGAAAUAUUCCAAGAAGAGAUGAGCCUGCUAUUGAUGAAAUUGCUAUAAGAGCAGUGAUUUCUAUACUUAGUGGCUUUGUAGGACAAUAUUCGAGGGAUAAAGAUUUUCGCGAAGCUAUUAAGGAGAAAUGUUAUGCUUGUUUUGCGAGAAAGAAGAGUUAUUCGGAUGAUGGGAUUUUUGCUGAUAUAGAAUUGGCUAUUGAGAGUAUAGAGAGAUUAGUUGAUAGUAUUGAUGAUACUAAAAGGGAAGUUAAAGUUAAGUCAUUGCAAUAUUCUAUUAGGCUAUUGACAAUUGUGGCAUCUUUGAAUUCCAAUAACUCUGGAAAUGCCUCAACUUGUGGAAUUCCCAAUUCUAAUCUCUCUGCUUGUGCACAGCUCUACUUAUCUAUUGUCUACAAGCUCGAAAAAAAUGAUAGAAUUGCAGCUAGGCAUCUCCUUCAGGUGUUUGUUGAUUCGCCAUAUCUUGCUCGGACACACUUGCUUCCUGAGCUUUGGGAGCAUUUGUUUCUUCCUCACCUUCUUCAUCUCAAGAUUUGGCAUACACAAGAAUUGGAAGUUCUAUCGAGUUUGGAAUAUGCUGAAAAGGAGAAGCACAUGAAGGCCUUAAACAAGCUCUAUAAUGACCAUGUUGAUAUUGGUACAACAAAGUUUGCUCUUUACUAUAAACAAUGGCUCAAGGUUGGUGCCCAAGCCCCUGCUGUUCCUUCUGUGCCUUUGCCUUCUAAAGUGGGAUAUUCGACUUCAAGAAGACGUUCUAUGGAUUCUGUCACUUCCAAUUCCUCCGUCAAGAACAACUCAUUAUAUCGUGCUGUUUUUGGCCCAAUUACGGAGAGGAAAUCCAUGGAUGCUGCAAGAAAUGGAAUUUGGGACUAUGAGGAGGAAGAAAAAGAGAAGAUUUCAUCCAUUGGAGAUGACUUAAAGCAAGGCAAUUACAGUCCAAAAAAAACAGUGGUUCAUCGAAGAUCAUCGAGUCAAAGUAAUAGAACUCCAAAACAUGAUCAAUGGGAUCAUACUCAUAAAAAAUCAGACCGCUUUCCGUAUUUCAGUUGUCAAAGUGAGCCUGUGGAGUGCUUGAGAGAAGGAAACAGUAAGAUUGGCAGUGUUUCCAUCAGAAAGGAAGAAGAAAUAAUUCCUUCUGUUUCAAAUGAUCUAAGUAGAGCUAUCUUCGCGAUUUGCUCCUCAGAUAGCUUAAGUGAGUGUGAACUGGCCAUCCGUUUGGUGGCAAAAUCUUGGCUUGAUUCUCAUGGAGAUCCUGAGACCGUAAAGAGAUUGUCCACAGCACCAGUGAUCGAAGGAAUAAUGAACGUUUUGUUUGCAUCCGAAGAUGAUGAGAUCUUGGAACUAGCCAUCUCAAUCUUAGCAGAACUAGUCACUAGGAAAGAGACGAAUGGACAAAUCAUUCUGAACUCAGAUUCACAGCUUAAUAUUUUCUUGAGACUAUUGAGAAGUAGCAGCCUGUUUCUCAAGGCUGCAAUUCUGCUUUACCUAGUGCAGCCAAAGGCGAAACAGAUGAUAUCAAUUGAGUGGAUUCCAUUAGUACUUCGAGUUUUGGAAUUUGCAGAUCAAUUGCAGACGUUAUUCACGGUUCAACGUAGUCCUCAAGAGGCAGCAUAUUACUUGCUUGAUCAACUUCUUACUGGUUUUGAUGAAGACAAGAAUUUUGAAAAUUGUAGGCAAGUCAUUUCACUAGGGGGAUUGAGCUUGUUGCUCAGACGAGUUGAAACAGGAAAUGUCUCAGAAAAAAGUAAAGUGGCUUCUGUUAUGUACUAUUGUGUUCAAUCUGAUGGAAGCUGCAGGCAUUACCUGGCCAAGAACUUGAAGAAAGGUUGUCUUCUUCCCCUUCUAUUGCUUCAGAACCAGCACAACACUCGAGGACAUGUUUUUGCAUUUCUCACCGAGCUUCUCUGCAUCGAUAAGCAAAUUCAAAGAAUAGAAUUCUUACGCGGACUACUAAGUGGAUGGGGAAUGGUGAACACCUUGCACACUUUGCUACUCUAUCUCCAAAGAGCUCAACAAGAAGAACGCCCCAUUAUCUCUGCCAUAUUGUUACAGCUUGAUCUUUUGGGAGAUCCAAACGAGUGCAGUGUGUAUAGAGAAGAAGUAAUAGAAGAAAUAAUAAAAGCCUUGGACUGUCAAGUAUUCAAUGAAAAAGUCCAAGUACAAUCAGCCAGAGCUCUACUUAUACUAGGGAGCUGUUUUUCCUAUGCUGGAGAGCCAGUAGUGGAGCAAUGUCUGUUAAAAGAAGCAGGCUAUGACGAAAACGCUGGGGAUUCAUAUCUUGGCAAAAAUUUCAUCCUUAACAGUUUUACAAACCUGUUUCAGAAUGAAGAGGAGGAGGCAACAAGAAAUUGGCAAAGGAAAACAGCAAUAGUGUUGCUUAACAGUGGAAACAAGAGGCUGUUAUCUGGUCUUGUAGAUUCAAUAGCCAAUGGAAUUCCAUGUUUAGGAAGAGCAAGCCUAGUUACAGUCACCUGGAUGAGCAAUUUUUUCUGUUUCAUUGAGGACAAAGGAGUUCAGUCUUUAGUAUAUUCGGAGCUGAUCCCCGAGCUGAUAAAGUUAUUGAAGUACAAUAAUGCUAUAGAGGAAAGAGUUCUUGCUUCACUUUCAUUACUCAAACUGGCAAACAAUUCAGAUUAUUUGGCAAAAUUGUCUCCAUUGGAUAAAGAGCUCAUAAAUGAUUUGCAUAAGCUCUCAGAAGUAACAUGGACAGCAAAGGAGCUUGUUUCAAUUAUUUCAAGCAGCUCAAGGCAUCAUCAGCAGCUUAAUGUACCUUAACAAUUUGUUUUUUUUGUUUAGUACCUUUAGUCAUUCUACCUUGUACAUGUCCAUGAAGGCACAGGAUGUCUAUAUAUUAGCCCUUCUUGGAGAUAAUUUUAGUUAUAAGUGAGGCUAUUUCUCAACCGCGAUACGUCUUCUUCUUAUUCAUUCUUGAGUAAUCCAUAAAUAACUUCAGUCGAUUUCAAAGCAA